AUGUGUAACAAAAUCUCGCAGUGCAGACUCCAUGCGUCCCUCAUCUUCUCGGUACAGAUUCCAAGACGCUCAACACAAGUUGCAGAAGCUGGCACAGUUGGCGGACGCCCAGUCUUUGUACACUGGCGCACACGAGUGAGGGUAGGAGUCACAGUUGCUCCACUUGUCGACACAGGUCGCCGGCAGCGUGUGAUGUACUAUACCCCGAAGUGCAUCCUAUGCAGUGAUAAAGGAGCGGCACCUCCAGCCACUGCUUGGUGUGCUGACUGUGACAUCAGUCUUUGUGAGGGAUGCCAGAAGGCUCACAGACGUAUUCCUGCCACUCGUCACCAUGACGUAUCUGACCUGUCCACAGAGGUCAAAAUCAACCAAAAACGCAAACCAUUCUGUAAGCAAUAUCCAGAUCAAAGCAUGCAGUUCUACUGCAAAGAUUGUAAGAAACUGCAAUGUCAAUCCUUUUGGUUCCUGUAUCACAGAAAGUGUGAGGCAAUUCUACCGUUUGAAUCUGUUAUGCCAGAACUGAUCAGCUGUGUUACAAGAGUUAAGGAAAGACUAGCGUCUCAUUUACAAGCAACAGACAGUUUGCUAACGGAUUUAGAAACCAAACGGACUGAGGUAAUGAAGAACAGAGUCACCGUUCAGUGUCAGAUCCGAUCCACAAUCCAGACAGUCACAGAAGCCACAAUGAAGAAGGAACGACAACUCCUGGACCAAUUGGAUGACGCCACUGAGAAACAGAUCGAGCGAUUGAAAACUGAAAUAAAGUCUGAAGAGAUGGCCAAGCAGAUGAUAAGUCAUCACUCUGUGAUGAUAGACAGAGCUCUGGAGUCUGGAAGUGAAAUGGACAUCUAUGAGAUGUACCUGUGGUAUGAGUCAGAGGAGUUUCCUACAGUAUACGGCCCAGAUUCAGAUAUAAAAUAUGAACUGAAAGAGAAAAGCUCCCCUCGGCGGAUUGCAAAACUUAAUGCCCAUCACAUGGCCGUGACCCUUCCCGAGACAAGGGAGAUAAUAGUGAUUGAAGUGAACCCUGACCUUGUUCUUCAAUCAUACGUUUCAACGAGGAAGAAGUACUUUGGUCUGACAGCCCUGACAUCGACUACCCUGGCAGCAGGAUCCGGGUCGCCUCCCUGUGUGGACAUCCUGGACAUGGCGGGGAAUGUGUUGAGGACGCUGAAUCGUGUCACAGAUGGGGGAACCCUUGUAUCAGAUCCUUUAUUCCUAUAA